AUGGCUGACGAAGGCGUUGCUGAACAUUACCAGGUUCUCGAGGAGCUUGGCCGGGGGAGUUUUGGUAUCGUCUACAAAGGUAUUGAGAAAUCAACCGGUGAGACCGUCGCUAUCAAACAUAUCGACCUCGAAUCCAACGACGAUGAUAUCCAAGAUAUUCAAGCCGAAAUUGCUGUGCUAAGCACAUGCGCCAGUUCCUACGUUACUCAAUACAAAGGUUCUUUUCUGCGAGGUACCAAGCUAUGGAUUGUCAUGGAGUACCUCGGCGGCGGAUCUUGCUUGGAUCUGCUAAAACCAGCCAACUUCAGCGAAACACACAUCGCCAUCGUCUGCCGUGAAUUACUGCUGGGCAUUCAAUACCUGCACACCGAGGGCAAGAUUCACAGAGAUAUCAAGGCAGCCAACGUCCUCCUCUCCGAGACCGGCAAAGUCAAGCUUGCUGAUUUCGGAGUUGCUGCCCAAUUAACAAACAUCAAGUCGCAGCGAAACACCUUCGUUGGAACGCCGUUCUGGAUGGCCCCGGAGGUCAUCCAACAAGAUGGCUACAGCUUCAAGGCCGAUAUCUGGUCACUAGGUAUCACUGCUAUGGAAAUGGCCAAUGGCGAACCUCCACUGUGCCACAUCCAUCCUAUGAAGGUUCUCUUCCACAUUCCGAAGAAUUCGGCUCCUCGCCUAGAGGGUAAUUUCAGCAAGGACUUCAAGGACUUCAUCGCUCAAUGUCUCACCAAAGAUUACGACCGUCGACCCACCGCAAAGGACCUCCUACGCCACCGCUUCAUCCGCAACGCUGGCAAGGUUGAGGCACUGCAGGAGCUCAUCGCACGUCGACAGAUGUGGGAUGCCAACCAAAACAGACAGAAGCACCCUAUCUACUACCAAGAGACCCUUCAGACCAUGACUCCUAAGGACGAGCAGCAGGAAUGGGUCUUCGAUACAGUUAAAUCGGUUGCGCCACCUAAGAGACCAACGAUCAAGCAGCACCGAAAGGCCUCAUCGAUCUUCUGCGCCGAAGAGGCGAUGAAGAAGAUGGACCUCAAUGACGGGCCUCUUGGUGGAACCUCUCCCGCGCCUGGUACUGUCCGAAAGUCAACAGUCCGUCGAACACCACCUGUUGCUCAAAACUCAUCAACGCAGUCUGGCGGUUCCCCUAGAGGCUCUAUUGCUCCCAAGCGACCUCUCCAACCAGACAUGUCAUUCGGCAACUCGGGAUCGACUAUGCGUCUUUUCCGAAGAGUGCCUUCUGACAGUUCAAGCCAGGGUCAAGGCGCUCGACCGGUUUCUCCUGAUGAUGUCUUUUGCGAUGAGAAUCGCCCCCAACAAAUUGCGACUCCCGUUGAGCCGUAUGGCAAAGAGGCCGUUCUGGGACGUCGGUUGUAUAAUAAGGCUGUAGAGCCUUCCCUAGCUGAGCUGCACGCUCAAACCUCUGCGAUGCAGAAGCGGGAGGCCCUGGCGAAGUUGUCGGAUGCUUUUGCGGCUUUGGAUGCGGUCGAUCCUGAAGGAGCCUACCACCUCAUGAACAGCAUGGUAUCAGCCAUCUCUCAAGACAACAAGCUCAGCGCAUCAAUCCUACGACAGCCCGCUCAAAAGACUCCUGCCUAUGGCACUCCUCAGGGUACUGUGAUUGUCAAGAACUCCACCCCUGCAGCCAGCCCAGCGAAACUCACAAUGUCCUCCAACCCCCAUCUCCGUAGCCAACGACGUCGUCAUGCUGAUACACCAACCAUGUAUGAGAAGAACUUUGACCGCGAGAAGAUGGCCGUUGACGGUAGAUAUCCUGGCCAGGAGGCCAGGGCCGGCAUGGAGCACUGUAAGCAGCUGUCUGAUGUCCUCUACUCGCGCUGGGUAGACGGCCUGCGCAUCCGAUGGCCCGCCGUCUGA